CUUAAGAAUCUAAUCUGCCAUGACAACGUUCCUCAUCGUCUCCAUAUGGUUCAUCGUUGCUUUUUUAGUCCACUUCUUCAUCAAAAAGUACCUUAAAUCCCACAAAAGGGUUGAUGAGCCGCCAAGCCCACUAGCCCUUCCCAUCAUAGGCCAUCUCCAUCUAAUAGGCUCGGUCCUGCCCAAGUCCUUUCAAACUCUGGCCCAAGUUUAUGGCCCACUCAUGAAGAUCCGUCUCGGUGCAUCAACGUGUGUUGUCGUCUCCAAUGCUGCAGUGGCGAAAGAAAUCUUCAAGACCCAAGAACUCAAUUUCUCCUCCAGGCCUGAAUUUGGGUCCUCUGAGCAUUUUAUCUACAGAGGAUCGAGAUUUGUGACGGCGCAGUAUGGUGACUACUGGCGUUUUAUGAAGAAACUGUGCAUGACUAGGCUCCUCGCGGUGCCACAGCUCGACAAGUUCAUCGAUGUUCGAGAGGAAGAAAAGAUCAAGCUUGUAGAGUCGGUGAUGAGGUGUUGUAAGGAAGGUAGACCGUGUGAUUUGAGUAGUGAAUUGACGACUUUGACGAACAAUACAAUUUGCAGAAUGGCAAUGAGCACAAGGUGUUCGGGGAAAUGCGAUGAGGCACAGGAGAUUAAGGAAUUGGUCCACACAUGUUUGAUGCUCGCAGGGAAACUGAGUCUGGGAGAUGUGUUGGGUCCUCUCAAGGUUUUUGAUUUCUCUGGUACUGGGAAGAAGCUUGUGGGGGCUCUGACAAAAUAUGAUCAGCUUGUGGAGAGAAUCAUGAAAGAACAUGAAGACAAGGCUAGUAAUUUUUCUCAAGGAGAGAAGAAAGAUUUGAUGGACAUAUUGCUUGAGACUUCUCGAGACCCAACUGCAGAAUUGAAACUAUCCAGAAAGGACAUCAAAUCUUUCUUGCUCGAUCUAUUCUUUGCUGGGACGGAUACAUCAUCAUCAGCAAUGCAAUGGGCCAUGGGAGAGCUCAUCAACAAUAUAAAAGCAUUCAAAAAGCUUAGAGAAGAGAUCAACACUGUUGUGGGUUCCAAAGGGCUAGUCAAAGAAUCAGACGUCCAAAACCUUCCUUACCUCCGAGCAGUCAUAAGAGAAACCUUAAGACUCCACCCAUCAGCACCGUUGAUCAUAAGAGAAUGUGCUGAAGAUUGCAAUGUCAAUGGCUGCCUUGUCAAGGCCAAGACUCGGGUGUUGGUCAAUGUUUAUGCAGUAAUGAGAGACCCAGAGUCCUACACUAACCCAGAUGAGUUCAUGCCAGAGCGGUUCUUGGAGAGCUCAAAUGAGAAAAUUGGAGAGCAUCAGAUGGAAUUCAAGGGUCAGAAUUUUCGGUAUCUGCCGUUUGGGAGUGGACGGAGAGGAUGCCCCGGUGCAUCACUAGGCAUGCUGAUCAUGCAUGCAGCAGUUGGAUCCUUGGUGCAAUGCUUUGAUUGGAAAGUCAAGGAAGGAGAGGAGGUUGAUUUAAGCCCAGGAUCAGGAUUUGCUGCAGAAAUGGCUCGACCGCUUGUGUGCUACCCAAUCGAGCAUGUCAAUUCUCCAUGAUUAAAUUUCUGCCAUGGAAGAUCAAAUAAAGAAACUGUACAUGUCAGUUAUGCAAAGUACAAGCCUUUUGUGUUA